AUGGAAGAAAAGAAACACAAUUUGUUUAGAAGAGAAGGCAAGGGUGAUGAGAAACCUGGAUACCUCCCUGCUGAUAUAGUGUUCAUAAUUGAAGAAAAGAAACACAAUUUGUUUAGAAGAGAAGGCAAGGGUGAUGAGAAACCUGGAUACCUCCCUGCUGAUAUAGUGUUCAUAAUUGAAGAAAAGAAACACAAUUUGUUUAGAAGAGAAGGCAAUAAUGACUUGGAAAUAUGUAUUGAGAUUCCUCUAGUAGAUGCACUCACAGGGUGCUCUUUACCAAUUCCUAUAUUAGGAGGGGAGAACUUGACUUUGUCAUUUGAGAAUACUGUUGUAUACCUUGGAUAUGUAAAGGUUAUUGAAGGUCAAGGCAUGCCAACCCUUAAAAACGAUGGGAAAAGAGGUGACCUCCAUGUCAAGUUUCUAGUUGACUUCCCCAAAGAAUUGAGUGAUGAACAAUGGCAAGAAGCUUUUAGAAUCCUAGAAAAUUGUUGUUAA